AUUUUUGUUUUUAGUUAUUUCUUUAAUCGUACGCAUCUCUCUAAAGGUUUAUUUUUCAAUGACAAAAACCCAGAGAAUCUCUUCAGCAUCACCCUUUAAAACCUCAAAAUACCAUCACCUCAUCAAAUUCAAACCCGAAAUUCUACCAAAUUCUUGAGUCAAAAUGGCUAGAAGACCAAAUGAUUCAGAAACUAGUCGUUGUGCUUUUCUGAUCCUUCUUCUAAUGGGUUUAAUAUCUUGUUAUUUUGUUUAUAUGUGUUUAUCUGUUGCAUUUAGACCUAAAACCUUCAAUUCUGUAUCAGAUUUAUCAUCAAAGAAAGAAAUUGAUGAUAAAGAUUUGGGGUUUGAAGGGGAAUGUUGUAGAGGUGUUGAAAAUUUGGAACUUUGGGGUAGUGCUGUAAAGUGGGGAUCUGAAUUUAAGUUUAAUACUUCUCAAGAAUGUUGUAAUGCUUGUAAAGCUAUGUGCAGUGGUGGAGAUGGACCUUGUUUAUGUGAUUCUUGGGUUUUUUGCGGGAACAAACAAAAAUGUGGACCUAAAUUUGGUGAAUGUUGGUUGAAGAAACAAAAGGACACUUUGGCCCCUGAUCGACAAGAUGCAGGAGAUUCAGUUAUAUGGACGUCAGGGCUUACUUUUGGAAAAGGAGAGGGUAUCGUGGGUUUGCAUACAGAUUAUGGAAUUCUUCGCAUAAAACUUCUGCCUGAGAGUGCCCCAUAUUCAGUGAAUUACCUUCUCGAACUUCUAGGGAUGCGUCAUUGUGCGGGAUGCCAAUUCUAUCGUGCAGAAAGUCGAGGGGAUAACUGGGAUUUGGAAGGAAACCACAUUAAAGAUGCUCCUCUUGGUCCUCCAUUUGCCCUAAUUCAAGGAACACUUGAAGCUGAAGGAUCCACAUUCAAGAAUAUCCCAACAGAAGCAUGCUUAGAUAUAAGACGAGGAUCAGUUGCAUGGGUUGGUGCCGGUCCAGAAUUCUUUAUAAGCUUAGCAAAUCACAACGAGUGGAAAAAAGCUUACUCAGUUUUUGGUUCUGUACUUCCUGAAGACAUGGAAAUUGCAGAGAAAAUUGCCCAACUUCCAACCAAGAAGGAUGUGUGGAGUAACAUCAACGUAUCAGUUUUGGAGCAACCUGUACCGUUGUGGUUUAGAAGAAUUACGAAACACGUUAAUUGAAACCAAAAUCUUAGUGCAAAUUCAUAAGCAGAUUCCGAGGGUGCUCAGUUUUGAUGGCAUGUUUACUUCCUAGUUGUUUUGUGGGGUACUCUCAAGGCUUCUGAUUUUUACUUCUACCGACUUCAUUUCGGUGAUAAGCUGUUAGGUUUUUGUCUUAUUUUUAAUUUAGAGAUUACAUGGACAUAUUUUUGUUCAUCUGAUUCAAACCAGGGGUUACACUCAGAUGCAGUAGUACAACACCCUUAUCUGUCAGAAAUUUUGAGAAAGAAAUUAUUAAUCAUUUUCAAUGUCUA